UCGAAGCGCAGAUGCAAAGCCUUGUUGUACAACCUGGACAAGUCGAAGUUGAUGUAAAAGAGAGAUUCUGGGUGAACUCGAUUCCGAUAGCUCUCUGGCCACACUGCGAUGCUGACUUGGUAAGGAUGCAUCAACGCACAAAUUAAGGCUAGAAAAAAUCCAUCUUCACGGGCAUCUUGGUCCCGUGGUUUUUAAAGGGAAAAGGGGACCCAAGACGCUGCUCCUGAGGAUGAAGCUCUCUUUAAGAGCUCAUCUAAAGGAAGUUAGCGCUGGAACUCCGAGACAGGUGCGCUGAGAUCGGCCAAAAGCAUCGCGAUGCUGUAUCGCGUGCGAAAAUCGCCAUCAGCAAGUGGAAUCCUGCCGUCAUGCGCAAGUUCUAUGAGACCGCGGACGUCGAGGUGAAAGCAGAGGAGGAAGAGGAAGUUGAUGUUGGCGCAGCGGCAAAAUCUACAGGGGAGGAAGAUGCUUCUGAGAAACCUGAAGAUGAUAAAUCUGCAGGAGGAGCAAGAGGAUCAGGAGCUAAAAGCGUCAAGAUGUUGGACGGAGCGGUAGAGGAAGAUGCUUCUGCG